AUGCUCGAAGAAGAGCUUAGAAAAGAGGAAGAAAGGAUGAAGAAUAAAUCACAAAAACCAAAAAUUUCAUCAAACAAUUCAGAUAAACUAUUGAGGCCCCCUUCAGCCUCAACAUCUCUCAAUCCUCCACCAGCAAACAUAUCACCAACAGCAUCUGUAGAAUUAUCAAACUUCCUUAUAUCAAGCAAAAACAUCAAUAACUUUAUUUCUGAUGCACCUCCUGUAAACAUCCCAACCGAAGAAAAUAAUAACAGCGAAAUAUCAUCACCAACAUCUGAAACAAUCAAGACUUCUUCAUCAACUGUUAAAGAGGAAAAAAAUAGCAAACCAUCAACUCCGGCAUCUGAUAUCAAAGUAGGUACUGUGCCAAAGAAACAAAAUCCGAUCAACAAACCAAGCCCACAAAAUGAACUGAACAAAUCAAUACCAAUUCCCGAAAAUAAUUUAAAUGGAGACUCAGCAUCUUCAUCUCAAGAUUCUACAACUCUAUUUGAAACCUUGUUGAAGGAAGAAUUGGAACGAUCAAAACAACAAUCGGAAGGAGGAGAAGAUAAACCUGCUUGGGCAAAGAAAGUAGACGAAUUGGAUGAAUUAAUCACAAAAUUCAAAACAAAGGAUACAAACGAUAGCAUUUUUCAAGAUAGUGAAACUGAAUUGACACAAACCCUAAAUAAUAGACACCCAAAUAUUUUAGAAAAAGGAGUAGAAACCCUAUUUCACUAUGUUAAUAGAUACCAAAAUGUUCAGAACUCGGCAGAAAAGUUUAUCAACCUACUGGUUGAUAAAGGUCUCUCAUCAAAGAGCUCCGUGCAACAAAAAUCAACGGAUAUUAUCCUAUUAUAUUUUGAAACUUGUGAUCCAGCAGCUAUUCUUACAGUUCUCAAAGCAUUUUUCAGUAGUAAGAAAGCAAAGGUUCGUUCUCAAUGCAUUGGAAUUGUAAAGUCAGCCGUACAAUGUUUUGGUUUUCCCACCAUUCCACCUAAAAUGAUUCUUCAAAGUUUACCUACUAUUCUUGAAGAUGCCAGCUCAAGAGAAGAGUCCCAUAAGCUUGCAAUAGAAACUUUUAAAUGGCUUGGAUACGAAACAGUAGAGCCACAUCUUAAAGAUGUCAAAGGAAGUAAAUUAAAAGCACUUAAAGAUGAAUACGAUCUAUUACAGGACAAGUCACCUAAACCAACCAGAUUUUCAAGACUGGCAAGCGUUUAUAACUCAACAGCCAGUAUUAAGAAUUUGGUUACUGCUGCAUCAGAAGAGCUGAAAGCUAAACGAGAAAUUAUAGACCUUAACGAUAAAAUAAGAAAGGAUUGGUAUGAUGAUGUUACUAACGCCAAGUGGAUUAUUAAGAGAGAUGCUCUUAAAGAGCUCAAACAACUCUUGGAAACGUUCAAUAUUAAGAAAGCCGACUAUUCUGAAAUAUUAUCUCAGAUUAAUGUAAUUAUUCAAAGAGAGAAAAAUGUAGUUGUUGUGAAGGAAAGUAUUGAAUGCUUAAGUGCAUUCUCUAAAGCCUUAAAAACAGAUUUUACAUCAUCAGCAAAGCCAUUUUACGAACGAUUACUUACAAAACUGAAAGAAAAAAAUCUUUCUGAUUCGACUAUAGAGUGUUUAGUUUCAUUUGAUGUUAGUUCAUUUCCCUUUACAGAUAUGUUGGAAACUAUUUUCUCUGCAAUGAACAACAAGACAGCCUCUACCUCUGAGAAACUUCAAAUAUUUACAUUCAUCGACAAAUGCUUCCAAAACAAGAAGAAGAAGGAUUUAGAAAAGGCUUUAAAAAAUUUGGUUAAUAAUUUGCUUUCGUUUUGUGAAGAUGCAAGUUCAGAGGUUAGAGAUUUGUGUUGCAAAACUUUGGCAAGAUUAUUAUUUAUUAUUGGGGACACUGAUUAUACAAAUUUAUUCCUUAAACUCGACUCUUACAUGAAGGAAAAGAUUGUUCAAUAUCUGGAAUCGUAUGGAUCACCUCCUUCUGAUGGUGUUGGAAAAAAACUUUCUCAAUCCAUAGAAAAGAAGACAGCACCUGCAAAUAUUCCAAAGACAACUAGCUCAGUCACACUUAGGCCUAGCUCAAGAGCAGAUACUAACCCAGUUAGAUCUAGUACAUCAUCUCUCGCUAAGAAGCCUUCUUCGAAGCCAUUAGUAUCAAAGUCAAUAUCCCUUAAAAAAACGGAAUCAAUUCAAAGUUUAUCUAGUUCUGAUGUUAUUGAGGAAGCCAAUAAUUUGUUUGGAGGAAAUAUUGUUGAACAACUAGCCAACAGUAAUUGGAAUGAUAGAAUGCUCUCAUUGAAUCAUAUUGAAUCUGUAAUUAGUAGUCUCGACAAGAAUGACCUUCAAACAAAGCAUGAACACAUUAUUUCAUUAUUCCAAUACAAACCAGGUACUAAAGAGUCUAAUGCCAAGGUUUUGGAAAAGAUAUUCGAAAUAAUAGAACGUGUUCUCUCCUCAACAGAGGGAAAGUUAUCAGAGGUUAAUAUACCACCAACACUUCAGUGGAUGAUUGAAAAAUUAGCUACACCUAAAGUUGAUAUAAUUAUUCAGAAAGCUAUGAAGAAAGUGUGCGAGUCAAUUAAUCCACAAUUUGUUUUUAAUAAGAUUUCAGAAACUUUGACUGACAAAAUGCCUCCAAAAUUGAUUGGAUCAGUUUUGGAAUGGUUAGGAGAGGUUAUUACUGAAUUCAGUAUUGCUUGCUUUAAUAGUUCGGAAUUAAUUGAAUUUUCUAAAAAAUAUCUUGGGAAUAGUAAUCCAAUUAUUAAGAAAGGAUGCAUCAAAAUGUUAUGUUCCAUGAAGUUGUUCAUGGGAGAGGGCUUGUUGAACUUUUUGGGAGAUGUUAAACCAGCUCUUCUAGACAUGGUAAAAAAGGAUUUUUCAAAAGUUGAUUCUAAACCUCCUGAACCAACAAGAAAAGUAAAGGGAGAACAACUUAAAGUCAGUAGUGCAAUGUAUGACACACUUCCAAGAUGUGACAUUUUACCAAAACUUCACCCAAAGAUUUAUCACAGUAUGGAAGAUAAGAAUUGGAUGACAAGACUUGAAGCAAUUCAAACUGUAGAAAAAAUUAUCGUAAAUGAUGCCCACAAAAGAAUUUUACCAAACAUUCUUGAACUGAUACAUGCAUUGAGACAAAGAUUGGAAGACAAUAAUAACAAAGUAGUGAUAUCUACACUUUUAUUGAUUGACCUGAUCUCAGAGGCAGUUGGCCCAGAAAUGGAAAAGUUUAUCAAGAUUCUCCUUCCCAGUGUUAUUUCGAAAUCUAUGCACAAUAACAAGGCAGUGAGGACAUGUGCACUAGAAUCUUUGGAGAAAUAUUUAAAUAUAGUUCAGUUUGAGAGUAUGCUCAAAAUAUUCCCUAAAUCCAUAGCAAGCGACAAAGGAAACCCUGAAGGCAAGAAGGAAAUUAUUGAAUUUAUGCACAAACAUAUAGUAGAAAUGAAAAAUAAGAAUGUGGAUUUAUUUACUCCUCUGGUGAAGCCAAUACUCGAUUACUUAACAAAGGCUGGUUCAGAUACAAGGAAAUUAGCAGAGGCAAUAUUGGGUGAAAUUAUUUCUAAUGGAGGAUAUGACUUUGUCUUUAAGAGAAUUAGAGAACUCAAAGCUGCCCAUCAAAAAGGUUUCUCACUUCUUCUUCAAAAGUAUGCCCCUUCUACUGAGGUGGAAUCUCAACCUCCACCUGUUACUCAAUCCCUCACACUACCAACAACACCUUCCAACUCUAUCAGAGGUGAUAAGAAAAUUACUCUAAGAGAUGUUAGUAAAUCUCUUAGUGUGGAUACUAGACAGACAGAGGAAGAAGAGGGGUCAAAAGUGCCAAAGACUGUCAAAAAACGGGCCAAUAUCUCAAAGACUUUGGCAACCUCACCAAACAAAUCUCCAUCACCCUCCUCACCAAAGACAAAACCUAUUACAAACACCUUUGUUCCAAAAUUACAAUUCUCCACAGGCAUUACAGGCAUUGCAACUGUUGACGAAUACAAGUUAGAUUUGGAUAAGAUUGAAGUGAAUCAUGACUCUCCAGUAGAAGCAGAAACACCAAUGCAUGAUGUGUACAAUUCAGCAAAUGGCCCAAUGCCAGGAAAUAUUACACCAAGGAUGCCAGAGCGAUCUCCAGUAAGAGAUAAUAAGAAGGAAGAGUUAAUAUCUGGUCAUUCUAUUGGAGAGCUAGUAAAGGCAAUCAAUACAAACGACCAUGGAUCUGAGAUAGCCAUCAAUGCUCUGAAGACCCUAGUCUCCAUGUUUAAAGAUGAGUCUUGCAGACCGGCUAUUUUAUCAUACCUUAAAGAAUUGGUCGAGUCCCUAACAGACAAUACGCAGUACUCUUUUGAGAAGGCAUCUGCUGGUUUAGUCUCUACAAGAAUAUGUAAAUAUCUCCUUUCAACACUUAUGCAACUUUUUAGUAAUAGACAAAUGGCUGCUUUUGUACCACAAGAGACACUACAAAGAAUGAUCGACCAACUACUGAGCAGACUGUUGGACGAAAGAUUACCUAGUCUCGACUAUGGACAGGAAUUAUUAAGAGGGUUGAACUCUUUAAUGUUGAAAGUUUUGGAAAAUUCAAAUCGAACCUAUUCCUAUACCUCACUGAUUCACUUGUUAGAAUAUUCAUAUGCAAAUACUUCGUUGAAAAAAUAUACUGAGCUAGUUGUCAAGUGCUUGAUCAAAUUAACAAAAGCACUCGCUGCAACUAUUGACAGAGUUGAUGUUGAUAUUUUGUUGAUGGAUCUUCACAGCUUCUUAACUCAUAACCCACCAACAUUCUUCAAGGACAGGAAUGAUCUACCACUUAGAACCAUUAAAACCAUCCUUAACGAACUUGUGAAGGUUAAAGGAGAAACUAUCAGAUCAUGUCUUGGACUUAUCCCUACCCACAAAAAUCCACUAAUUAUUUCAUAUAUUGAAUUGAUGGUAAACUCUGCUCAAACAACAGUUUCUUCCAGUACAAACUCACAAGCAACUGUUCCAUCCACUACUACCCCUAAUAUUACAGCACAAACGAUAAGCAAACCUCCAAGAAAUAGUGUUACAGCCAGUCAAAUUCAGCAAGCAUACCCUCUUCAACAACCAUCCACUGUUUCAAAUGAAAAGAUAGUACAGGAUGAACUCACUGAUAUUUUCAACUUGAUAAGUAAUAAGGAUAGUACUCAUACUGGUCUAUACAGACUAUAUGAAUUCAAAAAGAACCAUCCAAGUGUUGGUAUCAAUAACCACUUGUUAAAAUGUAGUGAACCUUUCCAACAAUACAUUCAUAGACAAUUGGCCAAGAUUGCACAAUAUGAAUCCUCAAAGCAAGAGAGCUUUGCAGCAUCAUCCCACAGAGCCCAAUCACCAGCAUCAAGGCAGAGACAGGCAACAGCAAUUACCUCUGUUGACGAUAUCAGAAGACAAUUGAAACUUCAUCAACAAGAAUCCAAACAAAAGAAUAUGGGAAGGUCUUUGACAGUCUCUGACCUAAAGAAGAGAAUUCAAAACAUUGAAGAAAAGCUUUCUUCUACAGACAAUGAGACCACAGAAGAAUAA